CAAUCUGUGCGACAUGCUGAGAAGUUUAUACCCAAAGGGACAGUCAAUCAGGCUUCUUGAUGUGGUAGACAACACCAUUUCAGAAACCUUCAGAGAUUUAGAACAGACUGAUGCUGUGAUAUUUGUUCCAGAUGCAUUCAAUCAAAGAAAAUGCAGAAACGAUUUGUUUAGUCGUGUUUGCAACAACUGCAAUGCCUUUCUUAACGUCAUGAAAAGAAUGAAGGACGGGGACACCCCUGUGGUAAUAAUCACUGAAAAUACACAAGCAAACACCUCUGAAAUGGUCGCUGAUAAAAAUGUAAUAGGUGCCGAAUUGUGGGGUUUUACUAGAUCCUUAAGACAAGAGGGAACACAAUGUCGAAUGAUUCUGGUAGACGUGCAGCCCACAGUUUCCUCUCAAUUGGACAUAUUGUACAAAACUAUUGAAAGUCUGACAUCCGACCCCGUUUCAUCAUUUAAUGAAUGUCAAAUCGUUGAUGGGCAGGUACAUAGCUGUAUUCUUCAGCGACGAUCACAAAAAGGCUUACAGAAUGAGGAAAGAGUAUUAUCUACUGACACACAGUUUGACUUCCAGUUACGGUCUGUCAACUCGGACAGUAUUGAGAGCGCUUUCCUAGUGCCCGGUGAUCACUCCUGUGAGAUAGGAAAUAAUGAGGUCAGCCUUGUGGUUGAGAAAAUAUGUAUCCACUCGCCAACAGAGUUGGAAACGAGUGUCAGCAAAUCGCUUUGGUCGGAGUACAAAGGCGGAUAUCCAGUUUUUGGGUUAGAGGUCCUAGGUACAAUCACUUCCACAUCCAGAUCAAGGCGCGUUGUUGCAUGUUACCCAUCGAAAAUUACCAAAAACAUUUGCGUCCCAAAACAAUGUGUGUGUGACCUAGCCAGCUUGCCAAUGUACACACCCGGUCUCAUUAUAAAGUCCAUGCUCAUAUGGGCUAUUAUUGAGAAGGUCAAACGCAGAUCUACUGUUUGUAUUUUGACUGAAACAGACCCGUCUAAAGACGGGGAGGUCUUCCUUCUCCGUAACAUGCUUGAGAGUGUCAAGUGCAGCAAAGUUCGAAUCGCAUCAUUCGACUUCAUUAAUGCCGACCACCAACUAGAGGGAGACGACGUGUUUGUACUGUUGCAAGCAUAUCCACAACCAAAAAUAGCAUGUAUUCUACGGCCAGGGAAUACUAUUUUGUGCUAUGAUAAUGUGAUGCACAGCCUAUCAAAUACAAACAUUCAGCUGAGUUCGCAACAAAUAAGAUUACAUGUUGUAACAAAGAAGAGGGUGUUUGAAGAAAACAAUGUUGUUAUCACAUUUCCAAAAGUAAUCAGCUGGCUGAAAAAGCAGCGAAAAUCUCUAAACCUUCCAGAAGAUGUCGUAAAUUCACUACAGUUAAAAACCAUCAAUAUCACCGAUACAAAGUUUGGGAAUGCUAUGGGUGUGAGCACUAAAGCAGCGGCCGGAAAGAUAUUCCGCAAAAGCGCAACCUAUGUUGUUGUCGGUGGAUUGACAGGCCUUGGUUGGGAUAUCGUCAAAUGGCUUGGCAAAAAAGGCGCUGGCGUUGUAGUACCUCUUUCAAGAAGAGGUAUCAAUCCACAUAUGAGAGAUCAGCUCCAAAAUGCAAUGGACGUACACAAGUAUACAAUUGUGCCAUUAACUUGCAAUGUUGCGAAUAUAGAUGAUGUAGAAAAGGCAUUUUCUGCCAUCAAGCUACAAUUUCCAAAUCAUCUUAUCAAAGGUAUAUUCCAGGGAGCUGGAGUGCUACGGGAUACUCGUAUUGAAAAUAUGAGUAAGGAUAACUUAAGAGAAGUAUUAGAGCCAAAGGUUUUAGGAGCCUGGAACCUACAUUUAGUGUCUAAGGAAUUAGUGUUGGAUUUCUUCGUUAUGCAUUCUUCAACAACCUCUGUCUUUGGAAAUGCCGGACAGACCAAUUACGGAGCUGCCAAUUCGUUCAUGGAUUCAUUGGCCCUGUACAGAAGAGCCAACAACCUGCCUGGACAGACAAUAAACUGGGGAGCUUUGGCGGUAGGAAUGGCGAAUGAGGAGACCAUCAGAAAUAACUUAGAAGCACAAGGAAUGUAUGUGCUUGAAACAGAAAAGAUAAGAGAAUGCCUUAUGGAUUCCUUAAUUCGUAACUCAUGUCAAGCCAUAUUUGGUUUGUUUGACUGGAGCGUUAUCAGGGAAAACCUCGCUUUAAUGCGGACUAAUAUCUUUGACAAGGAGGGGAGAUCUGAUAUAAAUCAAUCGUCGUUAGUUCGAAGGCGCGAAAUCAACACUGUGUUGGAUAUUUCUGAACUCAAAACGAAAUCAUAUGAGGAUCAGAGAAAUACUCUUGUAUAUCUAUUGCUAAGAUGUUUUUCGGAAGUGUUGUCGAUAGAUGAAAGUGACAUUGAAGAAAACCAAAACCUCCUCAGUCUUGGUAUGGAGUCACAAAAAUCUGUUGAAUUAAUCCAGAUUGUACAUGAGGCUACGGGUUGUCGACUUCCUGAUGAUUAUAUCCUGUCUCCUGACUACACCGUAGCCAUGGUUAUCGACUUUGUGCAUUCCAAAAUUAUUUAUAACAAUACCAAAGACAAGGAUGAAAGUUCUGAAAACAAAGAUGAUGUCCAUGGAUCACCAACAUGGAUGCAGAAGCUCUACAUUGACAUGCGUGAAAGUCAUCCCCUUGACUCGAGUCUUUGGUUCAGUAUUGAUUUCAAACUGGGAAGCGGUCUAUCGAAUAUUGAUCUUUGGCGUAAUGUCCUGCGAUGGAUCACAAUAAGAAACCAAGAUCUAAGAACUUUCUACCGUUCUACAAAUCAACGAAUUAGAUUUGGUAUGAAAAGGCAUGUUUUGGAUCCAGAGGACGCCAGAAUAGAUUUGCGAGUGGUUGACUCCUGCGAGCUCAAAAGGGAGUGGACAGAUAGGGAUGUUGUCAAUUAUUGCACAUUCGACAUCUCUACAGAUCCACCAUUGAGGAUUAUUUACGGUAAUACUGGCAGGGAACACCAUAUUAGGUUCAUCAUGAGUCAUAUUACCUUUGAUUUACAGAGUUUCUUCAUGUUGAUGCCGCAAUUUUAUUCAGAUUCACUCACAUAUCUGAAGAAAAAGGAUGUCAGCUUGGAACCUGCAGAUGUCCCGGAUGUAACCUUACUAAUGGAAGAUAGUCUUGAAGAAGAGAUGAUGUAUUUACAAGAGUUCUGGAAAGGCGAGCUUGAUAAAAUUCGUAAUUAACCAUCGCUUCUCGGGUAUGAGACACACACUCUUGUGUCUGGAAGGACGGAACAGAAAGACGAGCUUUAAAAAAUUAGUAAUGAACCAUUUCUUCUCGGGUAUGAGACACACACACUUGUGUCUGGAAGGACGGAACAGACAUCGAUUCGGCUACCAAGAGAGUUAGUAGAUAAAAUCAAUAACAACGACCAAGGUGUAAGAUCAUCUACUCUUUUCCUCUGUUUCUACCAAAUUCUUCUCCACAAAAUGACGUCUUUAUCUACUAUUCCCGUUGUACUGACUGUGGACAUGCGCCGACACUUUCCAGAGUUAGCCAACACGAUAUUUCUGGGUACAAACUACACACCGAUCGUAACAGUGUUUAGUGACGCACAUGCUACACUGCGAGAAUGUAUUGAAAUGUGUUCGCGGCAAAUGACUCUGGCAUGCACUUACAGCUUGUAUCCGUUUCUGCUUAUCAUAAAGAACAACUCUGAUGUCAGCAACGCUUUUCGCCAUUUCUUCAAUGUCAGAUACAUAUCACAACCUACAUUAAAAAACAGGAAGUACCCAAACCAUUAUAUGGAAAAUAUGGGAAAUAGCACAGGCUUCUUUGAUAAUAUCGAAACGGCUUUGAAUAUUUUCACUGAUUCCAAAACCGGAUAUAUGGAUUUCAUAUUGAGUUACGACCCAGCCAGUGUAAGCUUGGUCACAGCGAAUAACAUGCUUCAUGAUCUUCUGAUAUUAGCCUGUGUGAUCUCCGUGGACUCGGACAUCCAGCUGGACAAUAUUCCCUUGCUGUGCUGUCCAACCAAACCUGCGGACGGAAUGGAUCCACAUCUGUCAGCAGUAAGAUUUUUGAAGGCGACGUCAAACGGCUUGGAACACCCGAAGCAAUUGAGAUUGAUCAGUGUGAACAAUGUACAACACUUAGCGUGGGUCGACAUUGACAGUAUUGGAAGGUCACCCAAGAAAGCGAUUCCAAUUCCUAGUGUCAUUGGUGUUGAAAUGGGAAAUAUGCGCGACUCCUGGCUUUUGAUUAUCCAGACAAUAAAAAGACAAUACUACUUCAAGGCAGACGACUACAUAAUGGUCUUACUCUGGCGAGCAAGAAUUCGAAAUCUGAUAGCAAGGACAAGUGAAUGAAAUAACCUUUAUGUCUAUAUGAUAGUUAGGGGACAUUCUCGUGUAUCUUAAUUAAGUUCUGUAUCAAUGUUUAAUCUUAAAAGAAGGUGGUCAAGAGAUACACAAUAUUCGCCUCAUUCGGGUCAUCCGGAGAUGAUACCUGGCUAAUUUAUAAUUUUACAUCUACGUUUUCAUACAUUUCAGAAUAUCAGCAAUUCUAACCUUCCAAGCGGAAUUUCUAUGCAAAGAUCGAAAUUAUAUAGCCUUUCCCAAAUCUGAUAGUUAGUCAUGCGAAAUAAUAUUCGCAAAAGACCAAUGUGAUUUGUGAAAUCAUAUAGAUUAUUAGUCUUCAAUCAUUUUAAUGCUAUAACCUUAGUUUUCAGUCGCUUAUGCUAUCCCUUCCGGAGAGAAUAUGCAAUUUAUGGCAUUUUUACCCCUCGGCUUGUUAUCAGUAUUUGUAUAAUUAUUUUAUUGAUUAUUAUAAGCUUGAACUAACCUGCAAGAAAGUGUGAUAACUAUGUUAUGAUAUUGUUAAAACUACACUAUUCUAUGAGUAUCUAAUAAACAAAGGGAGAUAAUUUGAUUCGUAUUGACAGAAAUAUUUAUAAGAUCUAAAUUUUUAAGUAGGACAGUUUCGUAGCGAAGGAAUGAAGACCUAAUUGUCUCUACUUUUGCAAUCACGUUGUCGUGGUAUAAUGGCUUACUUGUAAGAUUUGUACAUGAGCUGCCAGGAUUCAAUCAUCGGCAAACUUUUUUUUUUAAUUUUUGCAUUAUUCCUUUUCCGAUAAUAAAAAUGUUUUAAAUAUAUAUCUAAAAUAUAAAUCAAUCUCUAAUUUAAAUAUCAAUCCUUAAUCCAUAUACUUUACACUGGCUAAUGUGACAUCAAAAUGAUAUUGAAACACGUGUAUAUAAAUGCACAAACUAGUAAGUGUUUGUUUUAUACAUUGCGUGAUGUAACUUUCAUUUUUUGGUUUGUUUUUCUUUCAAACUCUAAAGUUUGAAUCAUAUUUGAUAUUUUUAAUUCUUAAAUCUUUACCUUUUUACCUUUUACAUUCUUAUACGAGAUUCAUAUGUUGAUUUACUUUAUAGGUGUGUCUCGUUGUUUUUUUCUUCUGAAAUUGAAUAUCGCCGAAUGUAGAUAUAUCAACUCAGUAUCGAACGAAACAAAGAUAUUUCAUUUGACAGUAACCUGUCAUCAAAAGUUUUGAAUAUUAUUUUCGCAAAUUUCCAAUCUUAAUUUUUUCAAGCUCAAAAUUAUUAAAAAUAUUUCUUCUUGAUAAUGAGCCUUAGAAUUUUCUUACUUUCAAAAAUACAAAAAUGUGACAUAUUUGGUCAUACUUAGGUAUGUUGGAGAUUUUUUUUCUAAAUAAAUAUAUCUUGUGUGUAUUUUUCGUGGUGCUUUAAACAUGAACAGAUUCAUUUAUGUUAACAUAGUUUAAAUUAAACCAUAUAUUUUAGCCAGCAGUAAUUGUUUGUUAAAUAAAAUCAUUGCAAUUUAUUGUUAUUCACCCAUGGCCAGACUGUAUAAGUAUAUGGGAAGUAGAUUUCCUGCUUCGUGCAAAUAUUCCAAGUUGUCGCACUCGAUCGCAAUACUUCUUCAAAAAGUAUUUAGAAAAACAUUUUGUCAUUAAUAUUGUUUUAUUUGAUAUUGUGUUAUUAUUUGUUGGAAUAAAUAUUGUUUGAAUUCGGUAAUCGAAUGAAAGGUUGAUUUAUCGGCUAGAGGGGACCAGCGUUGUGAUAUACACCACAUUCUUGCCUCUGGUGUUCAAAAUGAUAAAAAUGUUGGGAAUCUUUAUUCACUUUUGAAUCUACUUUAUUUCUUAUUUUCGUUUGCAUGAUAUAUAAUAUUUUACAUAUAUAUAUGUUAUACACGAUUGAAACUAUGAUUGACAAUUUGAUAAACAUAUAGUACAUGUUAUAUAUUUUUUGCCUUUUGACCCCGUGUUAUAUGCACAUGUAUAUCUGACAUAAAAAGUGAUUAUGUUAUCAUAUGAUAUUGAAAAAAAAUCUAUAUAGAUUUAUGUAAUAGGCAAUGUUAUAUAGAUAUUGAUGGUAUCAUAUAUUGUAUAUGAUCUUUUUGGUUAACUUUAUGUAUAUUUCUUGAUGUAAACACUACAUUUCACAAAACAUAAAGGAAAGCUAUAUGUGUAAUUUUGAAACUUGGAUAAACUAGGCAGACAUUUGACAGGAUAAUAAUCAAACUGUAUUGUUUUGUUUCGGCAGAUUUUUAAUAUGCAUGACUAAGAAGCACAUCAAAUGAACAAUAUAGGAAAGAGUGUGAAAUGCAUUUUCAGUGGCAAUAUAAAGUAUUGAUAUGAAUAUAUAUAUAAUUUAUUACAACAUUUAGAUGUAACAUAUAAAUGUCCAUUUAAAUUAUCAAAAAUGGAGAUAACGGUAAAAUAGAAAUUGAUAAUUAAGUUACAUGGAAAGAUGAACAGUUGCUGCUUGAGAUACAAGUUCACCAUUAUAAACACUUAUUCUUAGCUAUCAAACCAAAUUUCAUGUUCUAAUCGCCAGUAUAGCCACUCAAAACAACGUACUAUUCCCUAUAGCGUGUGUUACGCAACUAUGUUUUAAGCCCUUUGUUACUGGUUUAUAUUUAGACUGUAAUGAAAAUCAAGUCGCUAUAGCUCAUUGGUUCAUCCUUAAACCAUCUAUAUUAAAGCCAUUGAGAAGUACGUGAGGGAUAUUUCCUAAGCUUCAUACAAAAACAACAGUAGGUGUAUUUCCAUUGUUUUUUUUAUUUCGCUCGUCUUAUUUAGGGUCUUACAAGAAAUCAAAAUGUCUGACAGAAGACUAUCUUGGAUUUUGAUUGUUUAAUGAAGCGCGCUAGCGCUUCAUGUUGAAUUUGCCUUUGUCCAGUUGGCAUUCCUCAGCCAAUAACUUCCAAA